CAAGCCAAAAGUGAAGGAGGGAAAAGACAGUAACUCAAAUAAUCUGAAACUGAGCCAACCAGAGGAAGAUGGUUCUCCCACAGAAGAGGGCUGGCGCAGGAUGAGAACAGGCCUGGUGAAAAUGGGCAACUGAGCUCCGAGCGGAGGGCCAUGAAGAUGGUGCCAACAGACCACGGAAAGGCCUUCCUUGUACUUCUCCACUCUGCCGUAGCAUCACAACAUGGUCGCUGGCCACCGCCGACAAUUAUGUCCUGCCCGCGGUGCCAGAGAGCAGCUUGGGAAGUCAGCUAGAAGUCACACACAGUCUUUCAGCAUUUCACCCCAGUGGAGGACAGGGAGGGAGAGAAGGAGGGAGGGAGAGCUAGAGGAGAGGACAAGAUGAGGAGAGGAGGAACGGGACAGCGGGAUGGGAGGAAAGGGAGGGGGGGGUGUUUUUAUUUUCCCCUGCUAGUGAAUCAGCCAUUGUCCUGUGAUAUGAGAGUCUGGCUCUUCAUGAAGGGCAGUGGACACUGACUAAUGUUGCUGCUAAACUGCAGACAAACUGAAAUCGUCUCCAAAAAUCAUUCACGGCUCAUGAACAACUUUAUUUAUCCGAAGUAGUCUGAGAAGAACACUUCUCAUUUUCCAUAACAACCUAGUCAACAAGUAGCAAACUGGGACACUGUGAAGAAUCAGGUUGACCUAUGACUGUGAGUUUUAAAUGAAAUCAGGGCAAUUCAGUAACGACUAAACGCCCCCGCCACACUAAUGCCUCAGUGUCAGAAUUAGCCAGUCCAGCCCGAUGAGUUUGUAGACCUCCGCAAGACCUUAGGUGAACCUCUGCAGUUCUCCCUGUUUUUUUUCCGGACAAAUCCCCCCAUUGUUCAGUUGACGAUGUGUUUCUUCGUGGGAACCCUGUUGUCUCGUGUUGAUUAGAAGUCCUUUGUUUUGCUGUUAGGCAGUAGGCUUGCUGUCCAAGCCUUACUGUACUAGUCAGUGGCUUGGCUAACCCUGGCUGUUAUUAUGGAUUCAAACAAUAAUAUUGUAAUGAAUAGCUCAGUUAAUUUAUGUUACAUAGGCAUAUACUUACAGUACAAUUAGAUUCUUUAAGUCAUUCACUUAGUGAUUUCCUGCCCUUUUUUAGAUAUGACCCUUCUCAUAAAAAUGCUCGUAGCUGUAUUGUCAAGAUCGUAACAAGAAUACAUGGAAUAUUUGAAAUAUGUUUAUUGCUGACCGUUGACUGAUUUUUAUUUUUAAUUCGUAGGAGGAGCCCCUGCUGCCCGCACCCAGAGGCUUCUAUAUCCAUGGGGAUGUAGGCACAGGGAAGACCAUGCUUAUGGAUAUGUUCUUCUCUAAUGUGGAUAACAUUCGCAAGAAAAGGGUCCAUUUCAACAGCUUCACGUUGGAUGUCCAUCAAAGGAUUCACCAGAGGAAACAAAGCACGCCUCAACGGAGGCUAGGGAAAAUGUUCACCUAUGACCCUAUCUUGCUGGUUGCCAUGGAGAUCAGCAAUGAAACCUGCCUCUUGUGUUUCGACGAGUUUCAGGUAACAGACGUGGCCGACGCGAUGAUACUGAAGCAGCUGUUCGAGACGUUGUUCAGGACCGGAGUGGUGGUGGUGGCUACGUCCAACAGGCCACCUGACGAUCUGUACAAAAACGGACUUCAGAGGGACGCCUUCCUGCCUUUCAUCGACGUGUUGAAGGAAUAUUGCCAGCCCAUGGCUAUAGAGUCUGGGGUUGACUACAGAAGAUUAGACCUACCUUUAGCAGGGAAACUCUACUACCUUACCAGAGAGACUGAUGCAGAGGCCUGCAUGGAUACGCUAUUUGACGAUCUGGCCCGGAGACAAAAUCACGUAGUGGGUCCCAGGGUCCUAAAGGUGAAGGGCAGACAGUUGAGACUGGAAAAGACCUGUGGUACCAUCGCCGACUGUACCUUUAAAGAACUAUGUGACAGACCAGUGGGGGCUAGUGACUACCUGGAGAUGGUUCAAGUGUUCGACACUGUGUUUAUCCGUCACAUUCCCGUGUUCACCCUCAGCCUGAAGGACCAGGCACGGCGCUUCAUCACCCUCAUAGACAACUUUUAUGACAACAAGGUAAGAGUGGUGCUGUUAGCAGAUGCUCCUCUGGACAAGUUGUUCGUCCACUCUGGGGGGGAGGAAUACUGUGACCGAAUGCUACUGGAUGACCUGGGCCUGAGUGGGGAUGCCAUCAACCGCCUGUCUUUGUUCACAGCAGAGGAAGAGAUCUUUGCAUUUCAGAGAACCGUGUCCAGACUGACAGAGAUGCAGACGGAGAUGUACUGGACCGAGGGGGACCGCAGUAAAACGUCCCACACAAAGAGAGGGUCAGGAUAAAGUCUGCAUAACCAAUUAAAGGGAACCGGUAAACCACUGAAACUUCUUUCAAGCUUUCAAGUAAAAUACAACCAGCUAACUCACAAAACACACAGUUUCAGCAGGGGGGAUGAAUCAGUUCUACUGCUCUAGAUUAUUAUGUGACAAGCCAAAACACUUUGCAACAUGGUCUAGGAGUGACACAUGCCCCCUCACAAACCUAACAGGAUCAGAGAGGGGAACAAUAGAAACUUGUCUGUGGUCUAAUUUAGACAUUUUAAAACAUACAUGAAGAACACGGGGUAUACUUCGCUAGAUAAAGAAUGGUGCAGACAGCUAAAGGGAUGGAAAAAUACCGUUAACUGUGUCUCUGUUGGUAGACAGCUAACACCCCCUUGUGGCUGAUAUUGAACAUUGCCACAGAAGAUAAUAUACAUGUAAUCAUAAAAUGUAUGCAUUUAGUGGUUAUUGCUUUGCAUAUACUUGACUAAUAGGAUCAGGCAUGUAUAGUGUGUGUAUUAAUACUAUGUAACCAGACAUUUGCCUUGUAAAAAGCUCCAUGUAAUAUUUGCUUCUGCUGCUUAAUAAACUCUACAGUAGAAACUA